CGGUAGGGAUGGUACGAUUUGUGUGCUGACUCGUGUACGCGACUAGCACGGGUGUCUACGCUCAUUCCGAGCCAUCAUGUUGCUUCGCAAAUCGGCGAUGGAGGAUCCUGGAGCUAGCAUGGUGGGGAUCUCGAACACAUGUCUUCAAUCCCUCGAAAAUCUCCAUGUCGCAUUCAGCUUUGUAGCACCUGGCUUGGCUUUCAUUGGCUUCUUUGAGGUGCUCUUUGCAUUGGUCGUUGUUUCAGACUUCGACAUGGAUGUCACACAUCACCAGGUUUUGGAUUUUAUUGACCUAGCGAUUGCCAGUGUGCAUUUGUGGACUCACUCGAGCGGCCAAAUCUGAAGUAUGGGCAAUGGAAGUGUGAUAGAUUUUUGCCACGGCCCAUCAGUUGCUUGAGCCUUUGUCACUGGGCUGUCUCCAUAAGAGGCUCACCAUCCCCUUCCACCACACCCGUCCGCCUAUCGUGUAGAAACCAUUCAGCUCUCGGUCGCUUCCCAUAUCAUCCUCGUUGUGGAAUACUCUGGGCGAUCGCCUGUCCAUCACAUGAAUUGAAGCUCAAACGAAACAAAAGCCACCGGUCUGACUCAGGGCAUGCGCUGGCGGCACAAAUCAAAUCUCCCCACUGAUGACACGGGAAUCUCGAGGUCCGGAGCGGAGUGUCUCCUGGUGGAGCGCUAAUUCUCGGUUUCCAGUUUGGUGGGCAACAGAGUGGAUCCUUUCGAGGGUCUUUUCGAGUCGUCACUAUUUCACAAGCUUACUCGCGCGUGCCCUAGGACAUGCUCACCUCGUGGUGUUACUGCGACCGGAUGACCAUUUGUGGGACGGGCAUUAACAGCGUGAAUGCAGCUUAGGCUCACGAACGUGAUACGCGCCUCAUUCAGUUGUUGGGCUGAGGAAGACAAUGGCGCGAUGAGUCCUCAAGCUUCAAGGCUCCGACCUGGGGCACUCAUGAAUUGGCGUUGUAAUAUUGAGGAUUCAGCGACAUCCAACGAGUCGCGCCGUAUCAGCGCAGGACGACGAAUCGCCUCGUGCGCUGCGGUAUGUGUGUGAAGAGUCUUGCAGCCACGCUGCAUGCGCAUUGAAAUUUAAUCCCCCGCGGGAGCCAGCACACCGGCUGACUGCAAGACUCUCGAAACCCAUCCCAUAUAAAAACAGCGCACAAAGCUCGUCUUCAGCUCACUGUUCUUCGCCUCUUGCCAUUCUUCCCACCCUUCCAAAGCUUCCUUCUACUCCUAGCAAUGUCUGAAGUUCUCGGUGUUAUUGUCAUUGCACGAAACGGCGAUCGCGAGGAGUACUAUCAAGACCCGAAGACGUACGCCCCGGCGUUGACCGAUUCGACAGCUCUUGGUGUUAGCCAGCUUCAUCUUCUUGGCGAGCAACUCCGUGAGACGUAUCUCACCCCCGGGUCUUCUUCCUUCAUUUCGGAGAUCUCUCCCGAUCUCGUCGACACCGAGCAGGUGAAAGUCCGUGCGAAGGCAGGAGGCGAAGGUGCAGUUGUCUUCGACAGUGCCAUCGCGCUCCUUCAGGGACUGUUCCCGCCCAACCCCAAGAACAAGAUCACGCUCGCGAGUGGGACGACAGUCAGUGCUCCCCUAGGAGGAUACCAAUAUGUUCCCAUGGAAACUGUGGAGCCUGGCAACGACCGCUCCAUGGAAAGCUGGACAGAUUGCCCUAAUUUCCAAAAGCACAUUGCUGCUUUCCACUCUUCGGACGAGUUCAAGGCCAAGGCGAAGGAAGCUGCACCGUUCCUCGGCGAUCUCCACGACUUUGUUUUCGGACGGACUACCACUCUGGAGAACAUCUGGAAUAUUCACGAUUUCCUGAGCACGCAGCUUAUGUACAACCAGACGUUUGCUUACCGGCUCCCUCCCACGUAUAUUGAACAGGCUCGUGCGCUGGCCGACUGGCAUCAAGACGGUGUUUUUUCAGAUGAGCAGGCAGACGGCGUCGGAAACGUCGCCGGCCGUACCAUGAUGCAUACCAUUAUCAAUUCGUUGGAGCGGAUCGCAUUCAACGGAGACCCGCUCCAAUUCAUGGUGGUACAGACUACGUACCAGCCCUUCAUCUCUCUGUUCCACGGAACAGAAAUGAUCAAGGAAAACCCCGAACUCAAGGGAAUUCCCAACUUUGGCUCAGCGUUGGCGAUCGAGCUGCGUCGGGGUGCUCCGCCUGACUCGCGCGACUUCCUCCGUUUCAAAUUCAAGAACGGAACCAACGCUGCCGACGACUGGAAGCUCGUAUUCCCAUUCGGACAUCGAUCGGAUGUCCCGCUAACCGAGUUCAUCUACCGUGCCGAAGGCGCGGCGAUCUCCAGCAACAAGCAAUGGGCCCAAGUCUGCGGUGUCAGCAGCGCUGAGACCCAGCCCGCCCUCGCCGCUGCCAUCCAGACUGCGGCCGGCAAGACCAGUAUCCAGUUGGCCUUUGGCAUUAUGUCAUUCUUUGUCCUGUGCUUCGUUGCUGUCAUGGGCCUUCGCGCAAAGCUGGCCCGAAACCGGGCUCGCUACGUGAGACUUGCGGAGGAAAAUGAGACCCUUCAAACCUAUCGCUACGCUGACCAGAAGCCCAUGGAGAAGACGCGGCUGGUGUGAGUCAGCUUCCAGUCUCCAUCGAACGUUGAACGUUUCUGCACUGUCCCAUUACUGAUGGACAUUAUUUAUUCAAUUUAUGGCCCACAUACAUGUAACUAUACAUCCACGGGCAUCAAUGGAGAUCCCUUGUUAUCGUUUCCUG